AAAAACAUGGGAUCUGUCAACCAAACAGCUAUCUCAGAAUUCAUUCUUCUGGGACUUAGUGAAGACCCAGCUCUGCAGCCUUUUAUCUUCAGCCUCUUCCUGUUCAUAUAUCUAAUUACCACCUUAGGAAAUCUGCUCAUCAUCCUGGCUGUUAAGUCUGACUCUCAACUACAUACUCCCAUGUAUUUCUUUCUUUCCAACUUGUCUUUUAAUGACAUCUGUUUAAUCACAACCACAAUCCCAAAUAUGUUGGUCAAUAUCCAAUCUCAGGAUAAGACCAUCACAUACACAGGAUGCCUCUCUCAGGUCUGUCUCAUCUUGAAUUUUGCUGGCAUAGAAAACUGUCUUCUUGCAGUGAUGGCCUAUGACCGCUAUGUUGCUAUCUGUCACCCUCUGAAGUACACAGUUAUCAUGGAUUCACAUUUCUGUGUGAUGUCGCUUCUCUGUUCUCUGUUCUUCAGUGUUACACAUGCUUUAUUCCACACUCUGAUGAUGCUGAUGCUGUCUUUCUGCACAGAAACAGAAAUCCCCCACUUCUUCUGUGAGCUGGCUCAGAUCAUCAAACUUGCCUGUUCUGAUAAUUUCAUCAAUUAUCUGCUUGUAUACACGGUGUCUGUUGUGUUUUUUGGUAUUCCUGUUUUGGGGAUCCUUUUGUCUUAUAUUCACAUUGUAUCCUCUGUUUUAAAAAUGUCAUCCUUGGGAGGAAAGUAUAAAGCCUUUUCAACAUGUGGGUCUCAUUUGUCAGUUGUGUCCCUGUUCUAUGGCACAGGCUUUGGAGUACACAUUAGCUCUGCAUUUACUGACUCUCCAAGGAAGACUGUAGUGGCUUCAGUUAUGUACACUGUGGUCACUCAGAUGCUAAAUCCCUUUAUCUAUAGCUUGAGGAACAAAGACAUGAAAAAAGCCUUCAGGAAAGUAAUUAGUAGGAUAACAUCUCUUUUAUAA